AUGAGUCUUAGCAGAAUCGAAGACCAGCUCAACGUCAUCAUGACAGUCGGCAACUCCAUCCGAGAUGACUCUGAGCUGAUGCGGAACAUGUUUGCCCUGAAUUUCAUGGUCAUGAUCUUCCGCUUCUUCAAGUCCUUUCAGGCCAACCCGUGGCUGGACAUCGUGGUUCAGACUCUGGUGCACUGCACACCCAAUGUAGCGCACUUCUUCCUUGUUUUCUCGGCCAUCUUUACAUGCUACGCCUUCGCGGGCCACUUCCUCCUGGGAAACGUCUUGAAAGGUUAUUCGAAUGCUCAGUCCGCCUUGUUCUCACGAUACCGAUCCAGCGUUGGCUCUGGGGAUUUGCAAGAGCUGCCAAUCGCCCAGCAGGUUCUGGGCUACAGCUGGGUGCUAUCGUACCAGUUGUUGGUGGGCUCGCUCAUCCUCAGCAUGCUGAUUGGUAUCGUUUUUGGCUCCUACUAUGCCGUGCAGUCUGCAACACGCAAGCCAAUGACGUUGUGGACGCAGGUGCGGAAGGCGUUUCAGACGGCUGCCGAGACAAGAAGCUACCUGAGUCUGUGGAGUUUGAUAGUCUUAAUGGAGGAUGAUGAUUACCCGGCCCAUCCCAACAAGAUUGCGACAGCGCAGUCCUUGAAGAAAGCCUUUGAGAAAGAGAAGAUGACACGGCAGAAUGCCGAGUACCUGAUUCGCAAGGGCGUGGAGUACCUCAAGGACAGAACUGAUAAUCCCGAGCUAGAUCUUCCAGAUGCCGUGAAGACCAUCGGCAAUAGCCACAACCUAUGCCAGAAGCACGAGGAGUACCUUGAGCAGUCCUACAGAACGCUCUGCGACAGUCUUGGCAUCAAUGGCGAGGAGGAAGGUUUGCCAGUGGCGUUGAUGCGGCAAACGGAAGAAGCUGCCGCUGCCGCUGCUGAGACCACCGAAGAGCAGACUCCGGCGGACCUGAUGCAGAAAGGAUUGGAGAGCCUCAUAACGCUCUUCAAAGACUUGAAGCACUCCCAAGAACAUACUCGCGAAAAGCUCCUGCGGUGUUUGGUUCAGGAGCGCCAGCAGGCGAUGUCGCGGCGAAAUCGGCUUCAAGGCAUUGUCGAAGAAUUCCGGUCACGGAUGCAACGUGCGCAACGCGGCGUGGUGCGACUGGUUCACUUCAUGGGCACAGCCGACUUUGGUAGCAUCGCGCAUGUGCCGGACCAGAUAGAGAACGAUGUUAUGAGGUGCUUCGGUUCAAGACCUGCCUUGGCACGCGAGCAGCUGCAGCCAAGUGAGGUGCUGAAGCUGGAGCGAGAGUGCCGGGCGGUCCAAGAGAAGUUCAAUGAGCUGUUGACCGAGUUUUCCAGCCUUGUCGACUGCCAGCCGACUAUGUGGAACAUUGCGAGGGACAGUCGCCGCCUUGUGGCCAACGCGUAG